AUGAGAGGGCCCUCAUCAGAUGCCUCGCUUCGACAUAUCCUAGACCCUACAGUGUAUACUUUGCUCACAACAACAUGGCCGAGCCCUGUCCCUCCCGGUCGUUCCGUAGAAUGGGUUCUUGACCAUCUUCUAAUUCCUCCCUCUAUCACGACGCUUCGAGUGAAUGGGGUGGACGUCCGAACAGUGGAAGAUGCUAUUUCUACAGCCGAAAGUCUCUACCACCCAAGGGUCGUUCAGCGUCACCCUCUCCUCGAUGACGUUCUGAUCAUUACUCACGACUCUGCCCGUUCUGAGGAAGCACCCUCCGACCACAAACGGUGGGAGGAUCCGCCAGGAAAGGAAGUCUCUGUGGACGGCGGCGGUGAUGCGGCAGUUUUCAGGGUUCCUUCGUCUAACGAAAAGGCCCUUGACACCGGAAUGCGAAGUGCAAACGGCAGAGGUGCUAAAGUCGCUGGCACGCAUGCGAGGACGGCGACUGUCGAGGAGCCGCAGGCGGGCGGUGGACGCCACGGAGCGCCCACGCCGGUGGACGAGAUUGGCCAGACGCAAGGAAGACUUAAGGGAAAGGGGGAAGAGAGCGGACAGUACCCCGUGAUCCUGGUGGACAGGAGAUGUGGACAGGCCGUUCUGCGAGGAGCCCACGUUUUCGCCAAAGGCGUUCUGGCCUCCGAGCCUCACCUAAAAGCGGGGGAAAGGGUCGAUGUGUUUGCCUUGCCAGGUCGCCUCAACCCGUCGAAGCUUGCGGCGAAACCCUACGCCCCACAUAGGAAGGCGACGGGCGCGCUGCAUACUGACGCUGACCAGUGUAGGGAUGGUUCGCAAACGCGACACAAUUCGCCAGGAGGUUACCAGCCCCCAUUAUUAGAGGAUACUCGAGAAGCAGGUAGAAAAAGAGAUUGUACCAAUGGGGCGAAACCUGAACUGGUAAUAAGUGAAGAUCUACGAGAGGCAGAAUGCGACUCUGCUCGAGGAGAAACCCACCCUGACGGUUUUGCGGAGCACGAACGACUAGCAUCCGUGCUCCAAGGGACUUAUCUGAGAGCACAGCUUCCAGAACGUGUGAGGAAGACAGGGAUAUUUUGCGGAAGAGGCAUUCUACGCCAAAACAUGCGCCAGGUCUACGCAGAAAAAACCGGGGUCGCCAUUGAGAUGGACAGGGCGGUUGACCUCUCAAGGCUUCCUCCUUGCCUUGUCGCGCAGAACCUUCCGUCAAUCGUAGUCGGCCACGUGCUGGCUCCUCAACCGGGAGAACGCGUUCUGGAUAUGUGCGCAGCUCCGGGAGGCAAGACCCUUCAUCUGGCAACCCUUAUGAAAGGACAGGGACACAUUGUUGCCGUUGAGCGGUCCAAGACGCGUGCGCAAAAGCUUCGCAGUUUCCUGUGCUCUUCGCCACAUGCGUCUAUAGUCGAGGUUGUGUGCGGAGACAGUGCCAAAGGGACAUGGCGAAGCACUCACGUAGGGGCGGAGGCGAGCCCGGGACGACGUCUCGGCAACUUUGACCGGGUUCUCGCGGAUGUUCCCUGUACUGCCUUAGGCUUGAGGCCCCGCCUAGACUUUGACGGACUCACUGACCGCGUGGUUCUUUCUGCGGCCGAAUACCAGAGAGAAUUUCUUCAGUCAGGCUGCCAGUUGCUGAAAACGGGCGGAACACUUGUUUACUCAACGUGCUCAAUUUCGAGAGCAGAAAAUGAGGAAAACGUGGUGUGGGCUCUCGGGCACCUACCGCUCGUGCUGGAGCCCGCAGAGCCCUUUGUUGGCCCUCACACCUUCCAAAGUGGUGAUGCACUUGCUCCCCUACUUCCUCCCGGUGAGGCUGCGAAGCUACAGCGAUUCUGCCCAUCAGGAAAUACCAUCGGCUUUUUCAUUGCUAAGUUCCGGAAGACUGGGAUGGAGUAA